AGAAAAGUGGUUGUAUUUUGAAAUUAAUUCACAUUUGUUUUUGUAAAAUGUUUAUAGAAAUCUUAAUAGUUUUUAUAACUCUGUUACUAUUGUGGGAUUAUAUAUCGAAAAAAAGACGCAAUGAUAUGUUAAGCUAUAUGCCGGGCCCAAAAACUUUACCCAUUUUGGGUAAUGUUUUAAUGUAUCGCGGUCAAAGUCCCGAAGAAAUCAUGGAAUUCAUUACCAAUAACAAACAAAAAUUCGGUAAACUUUAUCGCGUUUGGAUCCUACAACAAUUGGCUGUCUUUUCAUCUGAUCCCGACGAUGUAGAAGUGAUCUUAAGCUCUCCUCAAACUAUAACCAAAAAUAAUCUCUACGAACUAUUGCAUCAAUGGUUGGGCACUGGUCUAUUAAUGAGUACGGGAAAAAAAUGGCAUUCCCGACGUAAGAUUAUAACACCCACUUUUCACUUUAAGAUUUUAGAACAAUUUGUGGAAAUAUUCGAUCAACAAAGUGCGGUUAUGGUGAAGAAAUUAUAUGAUAAAGCCGAUGGUAAAACGGCCAUAAAUAUAUUUCCGAUAAUAUGUCUAACGGCCUUGGAUAUAAUAGCGGAAACCGCCAUGGGUGUUAAGAUUAAUGCCCAAAAAAAUCCCGAUUUCCCUUAUGUUCAGGCAGUGACUGCGGUCACCAAUAUAACGGCCCGCCGUUUUGUAAAUGUUUGGCAUCGCAUUAAUUGGAUUUUCCGUUUAACAGCUGCCGAGGAUUAUAAACGUUUGAAUGACAGCAUUAAGCUAAUGCACGAUUUUACCGAAAAUAUUAUUAUGGAGAGAAGACAAACAUUAGAAGAAACGCUCCAGAAAAACUCUCACAUACCGGAGGUGAAUGAAUUUGGUCAAAAGAAACGCAUGGCUUUGCUAGAUGUUUUGCUACAGUCCAACGUAGAUGGUGUGCCUCUUAGCAAUGAGGACAUACGUGAAGAAGUUGAUACUUUUAUGUUUGAGGGCCACGAUACCACCACUAGUGGCAUUUCUUUUGCUUUAUAUUUAAUAUCCCGCCAUCCGGAAGUACAGCAGAAGAUAUUCGAAGAAAUUGUGGAAGUUAUAGGCAGCGAUAAAGAACGUCCCGUAACAUUGCGUGAUUUGGGAGAAUUGAAAUAUUUGGAAUGUGUUAUAAAAGAAUCUUUACGUUUAUAUCCUCCAGUACCCCUAAUCGGUCGUUAUUUCACUGAAGAUGUUGUUAUUCGCGGCAAAAAGAUACCCGCUGGUACUAAUUAUACUGUAGGCAUUUAUAUAACACUACGUGAUCCUUUAUAUUUCCCCGAUCCUGAUGCUUUUAAACCGGAACGUUUUCUCGACGAAAGUAUUAAUAAAAUUAAUCCAUAUGCCUAUAUACCUUUCUCAGCUGGUCCACGUAAUUGUAUUGGUCAGAAAUUUGCCAUUUUGGAAAUGAAGAGCACAAUUAGUAAAAUUAUAAGACAUUUUGAAUUGUUACCACUGGGACCGGAAGUAAGGCCCAUGAUGAAUUUAAUUUUACGCUCGGCUAAUGGCAAUCAUAUGGGUUUGAAACCCAGACAAUAUUAAUAAGACUUAACCUCAUUUUUAUAAUAUUGUUUCAUAACUGAUAGUUAUUCUUCCAGUUAACACUUUUUUUUAUGAGAACUGUCAAUAUAUAGUACCUUAAAGUGAAAAUGGGGGUUAAAUGUUAACCUUUACUAUAAUUAAUUUGUAAUUGAAUUAAAUUUUCUUAGAAAUAUAAAAUUUUAUAAAAAAAUCAAGGAAAUUUAAUAUAUUUAUACAAAUCAAGGACGCAAAUACGUGUAUCUAUUCUAGUAUAUUGUCUAGUCUAGUCUAGUCUAU